UUUUUUUUCAGGCAACUAUGGACUUCGAGCAGAAGUUUUCGCUGUGUCUCAUUUGCCGGUCGCCGGCCAUGGACGGGAAUUCUGUGUUCCAAGUGAAACUGCAAAGCUGUGAGAAUGUGUCGCAGUUUUUGUGUAAAAACGAAAUUUUUCGCCGGGAAACCAUCGAAACGUCGGCGUCGGGCAUGUGCGAUCGGUGCUUGGCCUUGGUGUUGACUGGUGACCGGUUGAUGCUCUGCGUUCAGCGGAAUCUCAAGCAGUUCAAGGAUUUGAUCAUGGGCAAUGUUGAGCAUAAACCUCCUGAAGUGAAGGUGAAAGUUUCGGAAGAGUAUGUCGUGCCGACGAAGGUGCGGCGUUUGGACGACGACCUGUCGCUCGAAAACGAUUUCCCACCUGCCGUCGAUGACUUCUGCGGCGACGAUGACGACGACGACGACGAUUACAAGCCGAACAAACCCGCAACUGCUCGAAAUUCCACAAGUAAAAUGCCUUCCAAAUUGCUCAAUCGAAAGCCUUCGGAGUCCAACCAGAAACAGCCUGUUCGGAAGAAACCGGAUUGGCAAGAAUGGUCGCGUGCCGACCCGACUUGCGGGGAAGGCAAGCGGUACACUCGGUACACUGUGGAGAACAAGAAACAAACGACUGUGUACACGGUGGACGGAUUCCCGUUUCAGUAUCCGAGGAUCGGCAAAGAUGAUCACGACUUGUUGCACGUUCGGUGUUUGUUUCGACGAGUGACUGGGGUGGAGUGUCCCGUCGGCGGAGUGAUCAACUUGAGGGAGAAGUUGUUUUAUUAUCAUCAGAUUUACUCGGCUGUGAAUCAUUGUCACGUGGAGAAGGAGGUGCCUGCGAAUGCUGUGUUCAUGACCUCUGCA